CAAUAUGUCAUGUCACGAGAUAAAACCGAAUAUGCCUUCACAAUGUUUUCAUGAUUCCUCUUCGUCUCUGAGCUUGCGCUGAGAGGCCUUCCCAAAGCUUAGCGAGCUCAUCUUCAUCAAAAUCUUCCCUUCUUCCGUCCUCUUCUUCUCGAAGGUAGAUGUGUUUGCUGUCAGUUAGAAGAAACCGAGGUUAACAUGGCUUCCCUAGUUUCGAUCUCGGGUCCUUCCUCUGUGAAGAUUUCCUCUAUCACUGGUGAAUCUUCCACCUACACACCCUCCCGAACUUUGACCACUCUGCCAUGUCCACGCAGUCUACAAACUUCAAGAUCUCAGCACAAGGGUCUCAGUCUUGUCUGGCAACCCGAGAAGCGUCAUACAUUCUCCACUGUACGGGCAUCAGCCCUUCCUGUUAGCCAAGAGGCUCCCACUCAAGCUGCUUCUGGGUCAACUUCGACCUCCGAUGGGGCAUCUAAGAAAACCAGAGUUAUGGUAAUAGGUGGGGACGGCUACUGUGGGUGGGCCACAGCUCUCCAUCUUUCUAAGAAAGGAUAUGAGGUUGCAAUCGUAGAUAACCUCAUCCGCCGCCUCUUUGACCACCAGUUGGGUCUCGACUCUCUGACUCCUAUCUCCUCUAUCCACAAUCGGUUGCGCCGGUGGAAGUCCCUGACAGGCAAGACAAUCGACCUCUUCAUUGGAGACAUCUGCGACUUCGAGUUUCUGGCGGAAACCUUCAAAUCAUUUGAGCCCAAUGCAGUGGUCCAUUUCGGCGAGCAACGGUCUGCCCCUUACUCCAUGAUUGACCGGUCGAGGGCGGUCUUCACACAGCAUAACAAUGUCAUUGGCACCCUUAACGUCCUCUUUGCAAUCAAGGAGUUCCAGGAGGAAUGCCACCUUGUGAAGCUUGGGACGAUGGGAGAGUAUGGGACCCCCAACAUUGAUAUAGAGGAGGGUUAUAUAACCAUCACCCAUAAUGGAAGGACUGACACUCUGCCGUACCCUAAGCAGGCGAGCUCCUUCUACCACUUGAGCAAGGUUCACGACUCGAACAAUAUUGCCUUCACUUGCAAGGCAUGGGGUAUCAGGGCAACGGAUUUGAAUCAGGGGGUGGUUUAUGGGAUGAGAACUGACGAGACCGAGAUGCACGAGGAGCUGUGCAACCGGUUCGACUACGAUGGGGUAUUUGGGACAGCAUUGAACCGGUUUUGUGUUCAAGCUGCUGUCGGACAUCCACUGACUGUCUAUGGCAAAGGUGGUCAGACCAGGGGGUACCUUGACAUAAGAGACACAGUCCAGUGCGUGGAGCUCGCCAUCGCGAACCCUGCAAACCCCAGUGAAUUCCGGGUCUUCAACCAAUUCACCGAGCAGUUCUCAGUCAACGAGCUCGCAGCCCUUGUGACAAAGGCUGGGAUGAAGCUUGGCCUCGAUGUCAAGACUAUUAGCGUCCCGAACCCGAGGGUUGAAGCAGAGGAACAUUAUUACAAUGCCAAGCACACUAAGCUCAUCGAGCUUGGGCUUAAGCCUCACCUCCUAUCAGACUCCCUCCUCGAUUCCAUCCUCAACUUUGCAAUUAAGUACAAGGACCGGGUCGACCAGAGACAGAUCAUGCCCAGCGUCUCGUGGAAGAAGAUUGGGGUCAAACCGAAAACCGUCACAGUGUAAUCAAACUGAGCGAUGCAAAGCCUUAGUAUCUCUCUUUACAUUUUCAGAUGUGGUACGUGACUUUAUGGUCGUUCAUGUUGUAUCCUCAUGUAAGAUAGAGAUGCAUCUAGUAGAAGGGAAUUUUCGUAGUUAGUAAUGACUGCGUUCUCUGGGACAUCUUCAUUAUCAGUGCUUUGAUGUACUUGUGUAAUAGCACAUGUGUGCAACCUGAGUAAUUCAAUUUGAGUUCGGUCAGCCUACCAAGGGAAAGCUUUUUCAA